GUUUAUUCCGUAUAAACGGGUGUGGAAGCGCGAGCGAAAGGGAGGAGGUGAAAGAGGGAGAGCAACAUCUUGGCGAGUUUGAAAAGACACUUCUAACUGGUGUGCGCGCUUUAAAGCUCAUUCGAGUAAGGUGGCGAAAUCCUUUUCACUCUUGCAUUGGACGCAGGAUCACAAGCAGACUCCGUCGCAGGGAAUAAAAAUGGCUCCUAUGCCAUUGCACUUGAUCUCCCUGGAUUUUUGCCUCUUGUUAUUAGCCUUAUUUUACCGUACACAGACCUGCCUUGGAUUUAAUUUAGAUGUGCGGUUUCCAGUUAUCAAAGAAGGGAAGACCAAGGGCAGUUUCUUCGGAUUUUCGGUGGCGAUGCACAGACAAACGGAAGGAGCGAAAAGAUACCUGAUCCUGGCAGGAGCACCUAAGGAGAAGGCAGUGCCGCAACUGCAGGUUAACGAGACAGGAGCCGUCUAUUCCUGCCCAAUCACCACUGACCCCUCUGACUGCACCAGGAUGGACCUGGUUAGCUCAAUGGAGUCCAAUGAGAUGGUGGAAGGGAUGUGGCUUGGGGUGAGUGUGGCCAGUCAGAGAGAGCAGCCAGGGGGACGGGUUCUGGCCUGUGGACACCGCUAUGUGGUAAAGGGGGGCACGGAGGAGCAGCGGCGGAUGAUCGGAAAGUGCUACGUGCGGGGGAACGACCUUUCAUAUGACUCCGAUGACGACUGGCAAACCUACAGCUACGAGGCCUGCAACCCAAACUUCGACAUGGAGCAGGAGGGGAUGUGCAACAUGGGCAUGUCAGCUGGCAUGACCGAGACAGAUGUCUACACUGGCUCCCCAGGCAGCUUUGUGUGGCAAGGCAAUGUCCAUGUCACAUGGAGGGAUCCCACCCCGGGAAAUUCCUGGGACUCCAAUGUCAAAAGCUUUGGCCAGCUGGACAAACGUUACAGCUACAUGGGUUACUCUGUGUUGGAGGAGAGGAAACUCCUAAGUAGGGAUGACUACACCGUGGUGACAGGGUCUCCCCGGGAGGAGUCCAAAGGCUCUGUCACUAUUGGAGAGAAAAGAGACACAGACCUAAAGUCUAUCAUCACCCUCUCUGGGGAACAGGUGGGCUCCUACUUCGGGAGCUGUCUUGCUGUCACCGAUCUCAACAAUGAUGACUGGAAUGACCUGAUUGUGGGAGCCCCAUUCUAUUUCGACCGCAAGAAGGAGGAGGGUGGGGCAGUUCAUGUGUUCAUGAACGAGAACGGGUCCUUCCAGGAGACUGCCACCCUAGUGCUUAAGGGCUUCAGGGGCUCAGCAUUCGGUUUGGCAGUGGCCGCCAUCGGGGAUGUCAACCAAGAUGGCUUCCAAGACUUUGCAGUAGGAGCCCCAUUUCAUGGCUCAGGGAAGGUAUUCAUCUGGAUGGGCAGUAAGAAGGGCAUCUCCCAAGAGCCCAGUCAGGUCAUUGAGGGAAAUGAGGUGGGCAAAGGCAGGUUCCAGACGUUUGGGUACUCCAUUAAUGGUGGCAUGGAUAUGGAUGACAACAGCUACCCAGAUGUCUUGGUGGGCUCCCUGGAUGACAGUAUUGUCCUGCUGAGGGCACGUCCAGUCAUUCAUCUUUCCAAAAGCUUCACUGUGAUGCCCAAGAUAGUGGACCCCAGUACCUGCCCUCCUGGUGAGAAGGCCUGUGUGACAGUGAAGGUAUGUUUCUCAUACACCCUCAGCACAGGCAACAAGGACUUCAAGAAGAACAUCACUGUGAAGUACACUGUCGAGGCUGACCGGGAUCGGCGCAGCUCCCGAGUCCGUUUCCUUAGCAACAAGCAGGAUAUCUAUACAGGUUUCCUGUCCAUGCCUUCCACCACUUGCCAGGAAUUGGAGCUCAGUCUGGUGGAUCCUGUACGGGACAAGCUAGAGCCUGUAGUCUUCUCCCUCAACGUGUCUCUGCAUGAGCAGAGGCCAAAGGCCCGGAGGUCCCUGCAGAAUCUGGAUGCAUUCCCAAUGCUGAGUGGGCCUCAGAGCCUCUCUGAAAAAGCUGAGAUUAACUUCCAGAAGGAGUGUGGGGCAGACAACAAGUGCACUAGCAACCUGCAGCUGAAGGCAGAGUUUGCCAAUGAGCAGCAGAAGCCUUUCCCCCGUCGAGAAGGCCACCAGAUCCUGGAGUACAGCAGCAGUGUGAAGAAGGUCAUGCUAAAGGUGGACGUGACAAAUUUCCCAGAGUCUGGGAAACUGGCUGAGGACGCCCACCAGGCCAUGCUUAAUAUCAGUGUCCCACCCACGCUUCGCUACUCAGGCGUACGCACUAUGAAUGACCCGGAUAUUGAGUGCCGUGCAGAGGAGAAUAGGGAACUGUUGUGUGAACUGGGGAACCCCUUCCGUGGCAAUGAAGCGAAGAAAUUUCAGAUCAUAUUUGAGACCACUGGGAUCAGUCUGUACACGCAUGAGAUUGAGGCUCAGUUGCAGCUGUUCACGUUGAGUGAACAGAAUGACCUCUACCCCACUGCUGUGUCCUUGGUGAUUGAGUUUUCAAUACAAACAUCCUUCUCCUUAGAAAAGCAGACAGGCCUGACUCAAUUCAGUGGGAAGGUGAUGGGUGAGUCCGCCAUGAAGUCCACCGAUGAUGUGGGAAGUCCUGUGGAGUAUGUCUUCAAGGUGGCAGUGCUGGGGGAGCCCCUUGGGACAAUGGGGACCCUGGAGGUGGAGUUUGACUGGCCUUAUGAGGUGCGCAAUGGCAAGUGGCUGCUUUACCUGACGGAGAUCAUAACUAAAGGGACAUCUGAGACCCACUGUGUGCCCCCUGGGGACGUUGUGAACCUCCUGAACCUCACGCUGUCAGACCAGAGAUCCAGUCGGCUGAGGCGAGAGGUGGAUGCCACAGAGCCACAGAGCAUCCAGCCGCAGGCGGCCAUCACUCUUCAGACAUCCCAUAAGGAGUACUACUUGCUGGACUGUGAACGGGGCACAGCCCGCUGUGUGAAGUUCACCUGCCCCCUCCACAACAUGACCAACAAUGCCAAGGUGAUUGUGCGGGCGCGGGUAUGGAACAGCACCAUGCUGGAGGACUACAUUGAUGCUUCGCGUGUGACUGUAAAAGGCCAGGCCACACUGAAACUGGUGACCGACAAACCCACCAUCAAGAUGAAUAGUGAGACGAGAGGGUUCUCCUUGGACAUUGACCCAGUACUGGGCAAGGAUACACCCUAUGAAGUACCCCUGUGGAUUGUAAUCCUGGCUGGAGUGGCUGGGGUGUUACUGCUGGGGUUAAUUAUCCUCAUCCUGUGGAAGUGCGGCUUCUUCAAGAGGGCCAGCUACUACAGGAUAAUGCCAAAGUACCAUGGUGUGAAAAUUCGCAAGGAGGAGCGCUACAAGCUCAGCAAGGGGUUCUUGAGAGAGGACCCAAAAAGGAAACACUGGGUCACCAACUGGACAGAAAUGCAGCAUUAUUACUACUGAUCCCAAUGACCCUCCCCGAUAAGCCGUGGUGAUUGGAGCACUGCAGUUUUCCCCGAAAUGGAGCUGGAUGGGGACACUGGACUUGUGUGGCAUCAUUCUAGGAACUUUGACCAGUGGUGUACAUUACAUUCCACAUUUGCUUUUGUGUGUGCGAGUCCUCUUGCUGGUUUCUUCAAGACUUUUUUUUUUCCUAGUGCAAUAUUAUCUUAGCUGUUUUGUUGUAAAUGGAGACUCAAAAUCACAGUGUGGAAAGAUAAAUGUUGUUAAUUGGAAGGGGGUUUAAGUGAUUUCCUCUUACGAGACCUGUUUUAGAGCAAUCCCAAUUGGUUGUGCUUUAUUUUCUUACUGUUGUAUCUUUCGUGGAAGAGCGAUCUGUGCAUGUAUGUUUUUGUUCCAUUUGACAAAUGUAUAACUUCUUGUUUUCGUACCUGUUCUGAUUUAAUAUUUGAUUGUUUCUAAUCAGGGG